AUGGGUGGCCAAACUCAAAUUGAGACACAACAGACUCUUUUCGAGUUACAAGCCACACAGGAGCAACAGCAUGAGAGCACUCCUGACAGACAGAAUUCCCAAAGUUUCCAUCCCCAAGAGCUCAAGCCGGUUGAUAGAGGACGAGAUGCCUGGAUUGUGCUCAUCGCAGGCUUUGUUUUUGAAGCCCUCUUUUGGGGGUUCCCAAUGUGCUACGGGGUGUUUCAGAAUUAUUACACCACUCAAGUCCCAGAGUUUCAGCGCGACAAAGACAAGGUCGCUCUCAUUGGUGCUCUAGCCCAAGGUCUCUACUACUUGGGCGCGCCCCUGUCCGCGCUUGCAACGAAGAGAUUCCCAAAAUAUCAGCGACAGCAGAUCUGGCUCGGGUGGCCGAUGUGCGUGCUGGGUCUUCUUGCCGCAUCCUUCACGAAUUCGGUAGAUGGACUUCUUCUCACCCAAGGCUUCCUCUAUGGCCUUGGGUUCGUGACGCUUACCUAUCCCAUCAUCGCCAUGCUUAACGAAUGGUGGAUUUCGAAGAAGGGAAUGGCGUUCGGUCUCAUAUCCGCAUCUUCAGGAGCAACGGGGGCUGUCAUGCCAUUCAUUAUUGAGGCACUCCUUGAAAGAUACGGCCACAAAACGACAUUACGUGCCUGCGCAGUUGCGAUGGUUAUCUUGACGGGCCCUUUAAUUCCACUCUUCAAGGGCCGGCUGCCCACAUCUGAUCAGGCCAGCUUAGCAAAAAUGGACUGGAGCUUCUUCUCGAAACCUCUGUUUUGGGUAUAUGGAUCUGCCAUUUUGACCCAAGGGUUCGGUUUCUUCUUUCCAGUGGUGUUUCUGCCUUCCUAUGCCUCAGCGAUCGGUAUCUCAUCACUGAAUGGUGCGCUGCUCCUGGCGGUCAUGUCUAUUUCCCAAGUCUUGGGCCAAUUCUUCUUUGGGUAUUUAUCAGACAAAUCCAUCUCUGUCACCCUUUUAUCUAUGGUAGCGUGCAUCGCUGCGGCCGCAGCCACAUUCUCCCUCUGGGGGCUGAGCAAAUCAAUGGCGAUGCUGGUGCCAUUCGCUAUUGUGUAUGGCUUCUUCGCCUUUGGGUUUGGGACGUUGCGCGUUGCGAUGGGGCGGGCUGUCAGUGACGACCCGUCAACAGUCUUUGCAACAUAUGCCAUUUUCGUGUUCUUGCAAGGCAUUGGCAACGUCAUGGUUGGUCCACUGAGCGCGGCAUUGAUGUCGAAGCCGGUGGUUCGCGGAGCAUAUUCGGCUGGCCAGUAUGAUGGAAUCGUGUUUCUGACUGGGGCGUCGUCCGCUGUAGCCGCCAUGGUAAUCAUCGCGUGGUCCUCGUAUCAGCACUUGAUGCGGUGA